AUGAUAUCUAAAGCCAACAAAAGAGUGUACUCUUCAAUCACUUCAGAUGCAUCAUCGGUUUAUGACAAUUCACCUUUCGCUUACAACAUCUCUCUUCCACUUGCAGACGGACAUGGACGCACAAAUCAAAUUCCACAAGUCCUACAACAACAACAACAACAACAACAACAACAACACUCGUACCAUCCUUCACCAUUCACUAGUCACCCAUUACCAUAUCCCCCACCUGGGACCAUUAUAGCUCCUGGACCAGUGUUUCAACAGAAUCAUUAUGCACGCCCAUUUUCGUCAUCAGGAGAUGGCACCGGCAACGAAAACGGAAAGGAAAUUCAAUUCAUAUAUGAAACAGGUAGGAAAGAGCCUAAGAUCCCGAGGAAAACCAAAUCAAACAAACGAGCUGAUACAGGAAGAAAAGUAUUGGCUAACAAAACCACCAAAGAUCUUAAUCUAUCGACCAGAGCUCGACCUGUUCCCCUAGACCUGAAGAAGCCGACAAAACUUCCUUCUUUGGAUGACUAUACUUCCCAUAUGCCCUCACCACCACCUACCGCCCGAGCAUUCACUCUUCCCAUUCUGCCUAAAAUAUCAAUCUAUAACGAUGAAAUCAGACAUCCUUCUCCAUUAACAAGGGCUCAUCAAUUGGACACCGCGUAUAAUACUUCACCAAACAUAUCAAUGGAUCCUUCCGGUCCGCUUUGUCGAGCAGGAAACGAUUACUGGCGAUCCGAGGUUUAUCGCAACUCAUAUGAAGCGCAUACAGUGUCAUCACCGUUACCUAUCGAUGCUCCAAUCCCGAAAGCGCCACAUCAAGCUUACACUCCUUUCUUCGAGGAUGCCCUCAUGUUCCACAAUCACGAUGCCGAUGGUGAGUAUGAGAUGGACCUUGAUGAUUCGCUUUCGUCCAGCAACGUCGUUACUCCCACCGAAGGUUUGGGGAUUGGUUUGGGCCUAGAUUUGGGUGAGCGAAGAGUAGAAAGAGAAAUGAUGAAUUUUGUUCCUAUGAAACCUUCAGUAGAUGUAAUGAUGGAUCACUCUGAUACCGAAGAGGUCGCCGGAAGAUCGGGAAAUGCACUAGGUAUAGAAUGGUAG